AUGGACAGUAACUCUGACUACGAGGACCCAGAUGGUCCCGAAAGGAUCUAUGUCGACUUAAAGGUGGAUGAGAAUGAGGUUCCGCAGCCAAAGACCGUGAGGUUCUGUUCGGGGCGUCCGGCCUGGGUCAGCAAGGACCUCCUGCAGCUUCUCACCUCUCUGGGCGUCUUCCUGCUCCUCGUGUUCAUCCUGGUCCAGGAUACGCAGAAGCAGAUUCAAGAGAAACUUGAAAUCAUCGGCAAGCGGAUUGCUCGAAUGAAUGGCACUCUGGAGAGACUCUGCCAGUGCCCCUGGGGCUGGGAGCUCUUCCAGGGAAGCUGCUACUGGUUUUCCAGGUCCAAGAGCAAUUGGACGUCUUCAGACCCAGUCUGUCAGAGCAUGAACGCCCGGCUGGUGGUCGUCAACAGCGUCUCUGAGGAGAAAUUCCUCCAGUCUUGGGAGGUCCGGUAUGAGAAAAGAACUUGGAUCGGACUCAGUGACCACCACGAAGAGGCGUCCUGGCAAUGGGUGGACGGGACCCCUUUCCAACUCAGCUUCUGGAAACCAGGAGAACCCAACAACGAUGAGGAUGAGGACUGUGUGGAAUUGUGGAAUGAUGGCUGGAACGAUGACCAGUGUAGUAAGGAGAAGCCGUGGAUUUGUGAGAAGCCCUUGGUGUCCUGCUCCCAACCGUGA